CAAUAUAAAAUUUCCAAAAAUCUAUAAAACAACAAUAAAACCAGGAAAACUGCUGGGGCAUUAUAAAAAACAAUCCAACGCCUUGGAAGCGUGUGUGUGUGUGUGUGUGUGUCAUAACUCCUAAAAAUUUCAAGCAUACAGGAAAAAAAAGACGGGGAAAAGGAAACAGGAAAAAACCUAGUGAAAAAACCAAGGAGGAGCGUGUGGAAAUCGCUGUGAAAAUGGCAGUAAAAAAGGCAAAAUGACCCCUACAAGCUGAAUAAAAAAUCGUUUAGCCAUCAAAUUGAUUCAAACACACACGCACACACACACACACGCACUCAGAGGAGAGCUGAGAGACGAAGAGCACCCCCAUUUUAAAGCGAAAUCAGCAGCAGCAGCAGCAGGAGCACCACCAACAACCACCACCCCCCUUUGACAAGCAGCCGGCACCCACGCCCCUGCGACAAGCGUUUAAAAAUAGCCACAGCUCUGGAAAUCGAGUUUCCCUGGAGUAUUGCCGUUCGAGAAAAUGGUAACGAUGAAUUCGGAGGCGGACAAAACACAAGCCACCAAUGCCAGCAGCCAAGCGGCGCCGGCGAAGACGGACUGCAGCAGCAGCAAGAGCAGCGAUCCGCUGGCGGUGGCCAUUUCGGAGGAGGCGCAAUCCAGUGGAAAUGGUAAUGGUACCGCCAUCGCCACCAUCCCUUCGCCACUGCCCAAUGGCAGUAAUAAUGGCGGUUUCCUGGACACCGAAGGAUCAACGGUCCUGGCCAAGGAAUCUCCAGCAGCAGCAGCAGCACCACCACCACCACCAGUACCCAAGGAAGUGACAGUGACAGUAACAGUAACGGCAACAGCAACAACGGCUUCCACGCCAGCAACCACCGCAUCCACAUCCACAUCCUCAUGCGCCGCAACCACAUCCAUAUCCACCUCGACCACUUUGGGAGGUAAAACCGUUGCUGCCACCACCGCCACCACCUCCUCCUCCUCCUCGGCCACCUCUUCAUCGACGGCGGCAGCGGCGGCGGCGGGUGGCAAGCAGAGCGGCGGUGGCGGCGGCGGCCUGUUGACUGUCAGCGGGAACCACCAUCACCACCACCACAGCACCCACCCACAGCAGCAGUCGUCGGCGGGUCAGCAGUCGGCCUCCCAGCCGCCCACGCCGCCCACUUCAUCGGCACUAGCGGUUCCCUCGGCAUCAUCGCACCAUCAGCGCGGCGGCAAGAACGAAGAUGCACCUAACAUAUUAGUGUACAAAAAGAUGGAGGCCAUAAUCGAGAAGAUGCAGGCGGAGUCGACGGGCGUGGCCGUGCGCACGGUGAAGGCGUUCAUGAGCAAGGUGCCGUCGGUGUUCACCGGAGCGGACCUGGUGGCCUGGAUCCUCAAGAACUUCGACGUGGAGGACGUGACGGAGGCGCUGCACUUCGCCCACCUGCUCAGCUCGCACGGCUACAUUUUCCCCAUCGACGAUCAUGCGCUGACCGUCAAAAACGACGGCACCUUCUACAGAUUCCAGACACCCUACUUUUGGCCCUCGAACUGCUGGGAGCCCGAGAAUACGGACUAUGCCGUCUACCUCUGCAAGCGCACCAUGCAGAACAAAACGCGACUCGAGUUGGCCGACUACGAGGCCGAGAAUCUGGCCAAGCUGCAGAAGAUGUUCUCCAGGAAAUGGGAGUUUAUAUUUAUGCAGGCCGAAUCGCAGAGCAAGGUGGCCAAGAAGCGGGACAAGCUGGAGCGGAAGGUGCUGGACUCGCAGGAGCGGGCAUUCUGGGAUGUCCAUCGACCGAUGCCCGGCUGCGUCAACACCACCGAAAUUGAUAUAAAGAAGGCUUAUAGGCGGGGUGGCUCCAGCCAUGGAACCGGAUCCGCCGGCGCCUCCUUGGCCAAAAAUCCCGUCGAGCAGUUGACCCGGAUCAUCGCCCUGCGCAAACAGAAGCUCGAGCGGCGGACAAUCAAAGUGUCAAAGGCGGCCGAGGCUUUGGUUGCCUACUACGAUCAGUAUAAUGAGUUCGAUUACUUUAUAACCUCGCCGGAGCUGCCGAAUCCUUGGCAAACGGACAGCACCGAGAUGUGGGAUACUGAGAAGAAUAGCAAAGAAGUUCCUGUGCGGCGCGUGAAGCGCUGGGCAUUCAGUUUGCGCGAGUUGCUCAACGAUGCGAUCGGACGCGAGCAGUUCACCAAGUUUUUGGAGAAGGAGUACAGUGGCGAGAACCUCAAAUUCUGGGAAUCGGUGCAGGAGAUGAAGGCGCUGCCGCAGUCGGAGAUCAAGGAGGCGAUCCAGAAGAUCUGGCAGGAGUUCCUGGCCCCCGACGCCCCCUGUCCGGUGAACGUGGACUCAAAGUCGGUGGAGCUGGCCCGCGAGGCGGUCAACUCGCCCGCUGGGCCCAAUCGGUGGUGUUUCGACGUUGCCGCCUCCCACGUUUACCAUUUGAUGAAGAGCGACUCGUACUCCCGGUAUCUGCGGUCCGACAUGUACAAGGACUACCUGAACUGCUCGCGCAAGAAGAUCAAGUCCAUACCGAAUCUGUUUGGGGUGAAACGUUGAGAUACGCUGCGGGGAUUCCCCGUCAUCGCAGUCGGCUAGGACUGACGGCCUUUGGGCCAGGGGAAUUACCAAUUGUACCAAUCAUACUCACCCAGUUCGCACGUUACUUAUUACUUAGUGUUAUAUAUGUUAUUUGAUUUACUCUUAAUGCCGCUGUGUCGCGUGCUCUACCGAUUUUGAAGGCGUUUAUUUUGUAAGUUUGAUUGAUUAGUUGUCAAAUGAUUAUGUGUUACCCCCAAAGUGCCACCCCACCUCCCCACUCAGUACCCCUUACAUAGUAUCCAUGUCGCUGUUUAGCUGGCUCUCUGUCUCCCUCUUAAUCAGACGAAAAGGAAACACCACUUACGAUGAAAAUAAGAAACUGCCAAAGGCUUGAAUAAGAACACACAAAAUAACGAAACAAAUACUGGAGGUUGGUCCAAAUCAAUGGAGAUUUUAAAACAGUUGAUUAACAGUAGCCUUUAAUUUAAAACUAGGGAACUAUUCCCCCACCGUAAAAAAACGUCUUGAAAUGCCUAGACUAGCAGUUAUUAAUAAUUCACAUUUAGCAAACAAAAGUACACUCAAUAAUUGUUUUAAACUCUCUAGCGAUUUUCUGUUAGGCCAACCUCAAUUCAAUAAACAACCGAAAGUGAAAAGAUGAAAACGAAACACAACACCAACAACCGCCGAGACCUUAUUCUCAUAUUCAUAAUAUACAAACAAAUACGAAUUAUUAAUUAUUAACCGAAAAGCAAAUCAAUUGUAAUCGAAGACACCAAGAAAAUAUGAAGACAACUCAAGAGGAAACCAUUAGUAAUUGUCAACUGUAACCGAAAAACACCAAAAAAAAAAAACACGCAAGUGCAGAAAAUCCCCAAACUUAAGAGGUAUAUUCAAAUUAAGAGAAUUAGCUUAAAAA